CAAUCAGUAGCCAAAUGCAAAAAAACUAUUCUAAGAAUCACCCACUACAAUGGAGAACGAGUAUAAAAUGUAUAUAGGUGUUUGAAUUUAGGAGGAAGUGGUGCACAAUUCUUUUCCUGAGAGCCAUUGUCCUUCAUAGAUUCAAAUAGUUUUUCUCUCUUUUUCUGUCAUGCAAGGGCUCAAUUGUGGGCAUAUAGCCCUCAACAUGGGGUUUCUCCUCUUGAUCUGCAUUCUCCCUGUAAUGGCAUUGGGCAAUUCUUUUACAGAUCAAAGGGUGAGUUUGAGGCGGGUUGAUGAUCAGACUUCUAUGAGUUUCACAGAGAGAUUUCAGUCUGCCAUGGAGAGAAGUAAGAGACGAGUUGAAUAUAUGAGUUCUAUGAUAAAGAGGGCAUCGGAGUUAAAAUCUCUGGACGUUGAGUCUGGUGGGGAUGGUGCCAUUCAAACGACAGUUGUUGCCGGAGACGGAGAGUAUCUGAUGGAGAUAGGAUUGGGAAACCCGGUUGUUACAUUCCAAGGUAUUGCAGACACAGGGAGUGAUCUAUUGUGGACUCAAUGCAAGCCAUGCAGAAGCUGCUUCAAUCAAUCCACUCCCAUCUUCGACCCCUCCAAAUCGUCCACAUACGACGCUGCUACCUGCGAUGAUCCUCUAUGCUCUGAGCUGGGGGAGAUCGGGAGUAACUGCAACCGUAACUGCGGGUAUACAAUAACCUAUGGGGACGGCUCGUCAAGCAGUGGCGUGCUCUCUUAUGAUACCGUCACGAUAGGAUCCGGGCCGAGUUUCAAGCACAUAGCCUUUGGGUGUGCCCAAAAUAACAAUGGAAAUUCAUUCCAGGGCUCAGGAUUGGUUGGGCUGGGCAGAGGUCCUCUUUCUCUUGUUUCUCAGUUGGGCUCCAACAUCCAAAGCAGGUUUUCUUAUUGCCUAGUCGACAUGGAGAACCCCAACGCAAGUAGCCCAUUGUUUUUCGGGAAGUCUGCCAUGUUGAAGGCCGGCAAGAGCCUCCGGUUAAAGAAAAACCCUCUAAUUUCGACCUUCUGGUAUGUUCCCAUGACUGGAGUGACAGUUGAUGGUCAGAAAGUUGAUAUUCCAUCGGAAGCUUUAGAACUGCAAAAUGACGGUACUGGAGGCAUGAUUAUUGACUCGGGUACUACCAUUACGUAUUUUGUUUCUCAAGUUUACAAGCCUAUCCAAGCUGCCAUUAAGAAUCUCGUUGAUCUUCCUCCUGUAACAUCUCAGCAGUUCCCCGGGGGUCUGUGCUAUCAGCUUCCCUCAGACCAAAGUAAUAUAAGCUUGCCUUCAGUAGUGUUUAAGUUCGAGGGUGGCGUGGAUAUGGAUCUUCCUGCAGAGAAUACGUAUGUUAAAUUAGAAGAGGACGUCUUCUGCUUGUCCAUGACCUCCAAUCAGGAUAACUUCGGGAUCUUGGGAAACAUACAACAGAAGAACUUUCACUUCCUUUAUGACGAUGCCCAGAACAGGAUCUCCUUCGAGACUGCUACCUGUGCUUCUCUCUAGUUUAUUUUCACUUGCUUGCAAUCUGCAUUUUUCAUUACAAUAAAGAUGAGUUAGAAACUAAAACCAUGUUUCCUUGUUUCUUUGUGAGGCGGCAUGUAUGAACGACCAUACUCCAAAUACUCCUAAUAUGUAGAAGUGGUAACUAGGAAAAUAAAUGAUCUUCAAUUGUUAUCGAAUUAUUAGAGUAAUUGAAUGUAAU